AGGUGAGUGAUGCUCAGGUCCACACCUUAGGGAUAUUGUUUGUUAUUAAAAAAAAAAUGAAGUUCCAGUGACAACUUGCUUGCAUUUACCACUCUGAUUCUCAUUUUGUCAUUUUCUUCCUCAAAUCUAGCCUGUCUCUCUUCUUUUACACACAGGUCUAUCAGAAAUGAGAGAUGAGAAACAACACAGGAAUAACAUUAUUUGUCCUUCGAGGACUAACAGAUGAUCCACAGCUAAAGGUUUUGAUUUUUGUCUUUCUAUUUAUCACAUAUGUUUUGAGUAUACUUGGGAAUCUAAUCAUAAUCAUCCUUACCUUGAUAGAUGCACAACUGAAAACACCAAUGUAUUUUUUCCUCCAAAACUUUUCCUAUUUAGAAGUGGCAUUCACAACUUCCUAUAUUCCCAGAUAUCUCUACAGUUUAUCAACUGGAGACAAUACCAUUACCUAUAAUGCUUGCUUUGCCCAGAUAUUUUUUGUCAUCCUCCUUGGAGCAACAGAAUUUUUUCUUCUAGCCACCAUGUCUUAUGACCGUUAUGUGGCCAUUUGCAAACCUCUGCACUAUACAACUAUCAUGAACAAAAAAGUCUGUAACCAGCUCCUCCUGGGUUCUUGGCUGGCUGGGUUGAUGAUCGUUCUUCCACCAAUUAGUCUGGGCCUACAGUUAGAAUUCUGUGACUCCAAUGUUGUUGAUCAUUUUGGCUGUGAUGCAUUUCCCAUAUUAAAGAUUGCAAGCUCAGACACACAAUUCAUAGAGAAGAUGGCUUUGAUCUUUGCUAUAUUGACACUCAUUAUCACUUUGUUCUUAGUGUUUGUAUCCUAUGCACACAUUAUCAAGACAGUUCUCAGAUUCCCUUCAGUUCAACAAAGAAAAAAGGCUUUUUCCACUUGUUCUUCUCACAUGAUUGUUGUCUCCAUCACCUAUGGCAGCUGCAUAUUUAUUUACAUCAAACCCUCUGCAAAAGAAGGAGUCGCUUUGAAUAAAGUAGUGACAGUGCUCACAACUUCAAUUGCUCCUGUUAUGAAUCCCUUAAUUUAUGCCCUAAGAAAUAAGCAAGUAAUACAAGCUUUUAAGGAUUCAGCCAAAAGAUUUGUCUUCCUCUCAAAGCAGUAAACAAGUAAAGUCAAAUGGUAACAGAAAAUCUGAAUAAUCUUUCAAUAUCUACUAAAGAUUGCACUGCCUUUUUAAAUUUCUUUUGUUAAUUCACCGUUUACCCACAUUCCAAUCACUAUAACCUUCUCACAUUCCCUUUCUCUUCCACUGAGAAUUAAUUUAACCUCCAAAUAAUAAAAAAUUCUUCUUCCCCUCCUCCCUCCUCCCUUCAUUGUCAUGUUCUGACCUGACAUAGCACCUCACUUAUAACUCUAGUGUGCAAAACCAUGAUACCCCACUUGUAGGCACAAAAAUCAAUGCUUUACUCCUUCCAAGGUCAUAUAACUUGUACAUGAGACAGUCAUGGAAUCAUCGGUUUUACUAGAUUAAAGGGUCCUUAAAAGUUGUCUAGUCCACAUUCUUAUUGCUAAUGCCCAAAUCUGUGGUCCACAUUUAUAUUUAUCUCUUCUUAUUCUUCAAUUUUCUUGCCUGUUAUCUAUGUAUAGUCUCCUUAUCCAUACUGCCUAAUCAUAUUUGACCGAUUUCCUUUUUAAGAAGGACAUCAACAUGAUUUUCUAAAAUAAUUUCUGAUUCUUAACCAAAUAGAAGUUGCCUCUCUUCAAAUCUCCUAUAAAAUUGCAUUUAAGCACUUAUUUUGUUCUAGUUUGUAUUAAAAAUAUUUGUGUGCUUGCCUUUCCUGCCAAAGUUGACUAGAAGCUAUUAGAAGAUAAGGGACUAGGUAUUAUUCAUCUUCAACAGAGUGCUUUGUACACAGUAAAUAUUUAAUAUAAAAAUAUUAAAUUUCAAUGGUUAGUGGGGGAAACAAUAUUGAAUUUAAGUACUGUCAGCAGCAAAUAGAAACACAGGACAUUGAGAAUUGAGGAUAGGUUAAUUGAAAAUAAUAUGUUCUUAUUCUUGGGGGG